AUGUCUUUGGCGAAAUGGAAAUUGGAUUACUCGGCUGGCUCGACUCGAACAGUAAGAAGCAGCGUGGAUGCGUCUCUGAAUCCUCCGGGUUACUCUCCUCCUGGCACUCCCAUUCAGCUGUUUGAGCAAAGUAGCAGCAACGAGCAGACGCAUCAUCUGAUGAAGAAACGUGCUUGGGACAUGGCGCUACAGCCAAUCAAAAGCUUACCGAUGAAUAUGUUCAUGAUGUACAUGUCCGGCAAUACGAUCAGUAUAUUCCCGAUCAUGAUGAUCGCCAUGAUGGCCUGGCGCCCAGUCAAAGCACUGAUGAGCGUUAAUUUGGCUUUCAAACCCCUGCAGGAUGAACAUACAGGUUCGCUUUUGCCACAUAAAUUUGUAUUCGUUCUUGGCAAUAUGAUUGCGAUAGCAAUGGCACUCUACAAACUGCAUGGUAUGGGCUUAUUGCCGAAUCACGCCUCCGACUGGCUCGAUUUUCAGCUGCCGCCACAGCGAAUGCAGUAUUCCCUCGCUUCCGACUCUUUUAUUUCAUAG